CUGAGGAAACUAGAACUGGGCGGAUUAAAGGUGCAGUCCGGUCCAUCCCCGCAGAGCCACGCCUGAGCUGCGAGCAGCUGGACCGCAUGACAGAGAGACAGAAGAGACAGAAGACACACAGAGACACACAGACUGAAGACUGAAGACUGAAGAGGCUUUUAUUCACUGGGCUGCUUUUGCUUUAGUGGACAAAGUGUCGUCGAGCUGCUGCUGCCAACACGGACACAAACACACCUGCUGAGCUCACCUACAGUGCCUGCAGCUGAAACCCAGCUACCAUGACGGACGCAGACAAGUUCCUGUAUGGGGAACGCAGCGGGGGGGGCAACCCUAUGGACCAGGCCGACUGGGCCACCAAGAAGCUGGUGUGGGUCCCCUCUGAGAAGCUGGGCUUCGAGCCCGGCUCCGUCAAGGAGGAGCAGGGAGAGGAGUGUUUGGUGGAGCUGACGGACUCGGGCAAGAAGGUGAAGGUCAACAAGGAUGACAUUCAGAAGAUGAACCCACCCAAGUUCAACAAGGUGGAGGACAUGGCGGAGCUCACCUGCCUGAACGAGGCGUCCGUGCUGCACAACCUCAAGGAGAGAUACUACUCUGGACUCAUCUAUACGUACUCCGGUCUCUUCUGUGUGGUGGUCAACCCGUACAAGUACCUGCCCAUCUACUCUGAGGACAUUGUGAACAUGUACAAGGGCAAGAAGAGACACGAGAUGCCCCCUCACAUCUACGCCAUCACAGACACGGCCUACAGGAGCAUGAUGCAGGAUCGUGAAGACCAGUCCAUCCUCUGCACUGGGGAAUCAGGAGCAGGGAAAACAGAAAAUACCAAGAAAGUUAUUCAGUAUCUUGCCCAUGUUGCGUCAUCUUUCAAGUCCAAGAAAGACCAGGGCAGCGCAGUUUUGUCACAUGGGGAACUGGAGAAACAGCUGCUGCAAGCUAACCCCAUCCUGGAGGCCUUCGGCAACGCAAAGACCGUCAAGAACGACAACUCCUCAAGAUUCGGAAAAUUCAUCAGGAUCAACUUCGACGUCAACGGAUACAUCGUUGGAGCCAACAUUGAAACUUAUCUGCUGGAGAAGUCUCGAGCCAUCCGACAAGCUAAAGAGGAGAGGAGCUUCCACAUCUUCUACUACAUGCUGACAGGAGCUGGGGAAAAGCUGCGCUCCGAGUUGUGUCUGGAGGAUUACAGCAAGUACCGUUUCCUGUCCAACGGAAACAUGACGAUACCUGGCCAACAGGACACGGACAUGUUCAACGAGACCAUAGAUGCCUUUCAGAUCAUGAGCAUCCCAGAAGAGGAGAGAAUUGGUCUGAUGAAGGUGGUGUCGGCCGUGCUGCAGUUGGGGAACAUGUCUUUCAAGAAGGAGCGUCACUCUGACCAGGCCUCCAUGCCCGACGACACCGCUGCCCAGAAAGCGUGUCACCUGCUGAGCAUCAAUGUGACCGACUUCACACGAGCUAUCCUGUCCCCCAGAAUCAAGGUCGGCAGGGACUACGUCCAGAAGGCACAGACCCAGGAGCAGGCUGAGUUUGCUGUUGAGGCUCUGGCCAAAGCCUCUUAUGAGAGGAUGUUCCGCUGGCUGGUCAUGAGGAUCAAUAAGGCGCUAGACAAGACCAAGAGACAGGGAGCCUCCUUCAUUGGCAUCCUUGACAUCGCUGGAUUUGAGAUCUUUGAGUUGAACUCAUUUGAGCAGCUGUGCAUCAACUACACCAACGAGAAGCUGCAGCAGCUCUUCAACCACACCAUGUUCAUCCUGGAGCAGGAGGAGUACCAGAGGGAGGGCAUCGAGUGGAGCUUCAUCGACUUCGGCCUCGACCUGCAGCCCUGCAUCGACCUCAUUGAAAAAUCCGCCAGUCCUCCAGGCAUCCUGGCUCUGCUGGAUGAAGAGUGCUUGUUCCCCAAAGCCACAGACAAGAGCUUUGUGGAGAAGGUGGCCCAGGAGCAGGGAACACACCCCAAAUUCCAGAGAGCCAAGAAACUCAAGGAUGACGCCGAUUUCUCCAUCGUGCACUACGCUGGAAAGGUGGACUACAAAGCAGACGAGUGGCUGAUGAAGAACAUGGAUCCUCUGAAUGAGUGCGUGGUCACUUUGUUCAACCAGUCGACAGACAAACUUACUUCUGAGCUGUGGAGAGACACGGACCGUAUCGUCAGCCUGGAUAAGGUGGCGGGGAUGUCGGACUCCAUUCACGGUGCAUUCAAAUCCCGUAAGGGCAUGUUCCGCACAGUGGGCCAGCUGUACAAGGAGCAGCUGAGCAACCUCAUGGCCACGCUCAGGAACACCAACCCCAACUUCGUCCGCUGCAUCAUCCCCAACCACGAGAAGAAGGCUGGUAAACUGGAGUCACACCUGGUUCUGGACCAGCUGAGGUGUAACGGAGUCCUAGAGGGGAUCCGCAUCUGCAGACAGGGCUUCCCCAACCGCAUCGUCUUCCAGGAGUUCAGACAGAGGUAUGAAAUCCUCACUCCAAGCGCAAUUCCAAAGGGCUUUAUGGACGGCAAGCAAGCCUGUAUGCUCAUGAUCAAAGCUCUGGAGCUGGACCCGAACCUGUUCCGCGUGGGUCAGAGUAAAGUGUUCUUCAGAGCCGGAGUCCUGGCCCACCUGGAGGAGGAGAGAGACAUGAAGAUCACCGACGUGAUCAUCAGCUUCCAGGCUUGGUGCAGAGGAUACGUGGCGCGCAAAGCCUUUACCAAGAGACAGCAGCAGUUGACCGCCAUGAAAGUGAUCCAGAGGAAUUGUGUCGCUUACCUCAAACUCAGGAACUGGCAGUGGUGGAGGCUUUUCACCAAGGUGAAGCCUCUGCUGCAGGUGACUCGGCAGGAGGAGGAGAUGGAGGCCAAAGAAGUGGAGCUGAUCAAGGUGAAGGAGAGACAACUGCAAGCUCAGGAGCAGCUCAAAGAAUUUGAGUCAAAGCAGCAACAGCUGAACAGUGAGAAGUUAGCUCUUCAGGAGCAGCUCCAGGCGGAGACGGAGCUGUGUGCUGAGACCGAGGAGAUGAGAUCCCGUCUGGCCACCAAGAAGCAGGAGCUGGAGGAGAUCCUUCAUGACCUGGAGUCUCGCCUGGAGGAGGAGGAAGAGAGGGUCACGGGGCUGCACACCGAGAGAAAGAAGAUGCAGCAGAACAUCACGGACCUGGAGCAGCAGCUGGAUGAGGAGGAAGCAGCCAGACAGAAGCUCCAAAUGGAGAAGGUCACCACGGACGCCAAGCUGAAGAAGCUGGAUGAGGAAGUCAUGGUGCUGGACGACCAGAACAACAAGCUCAACAAGGAGAAGAAACAGAUGGAGGAGAGGAUCUCUGAGUUCACCACCAACUUGUCCGAGGAGGAAGAGAAGUCCAAGAGCCUACAGAAACUCAAGAAUAAACAUGAAGCCAUGAUCACAGAUUUGGAGGAUCGUCUAAGAAAAGAGGAGAAAGUGCGUCAGGAGUUGGAGAAGAACCGUCGUAAACUUGAGGGAGACUCCACUGAGCUCAAUGACCAGAUGUUAGACCUGCAGGCUCAGAUCGCCGAGCUCCGAGCUCAGCUGGCUAAGAAGGAGGAGGAACUCCUCGCUGCACUGGCCAGGAUCGAGGAGGAGGCUGCAGCCAAGAACGCGGCCCAGAAGAUGAUCAGGGAGCUGGAGGCUCAGAUCUCUGAGCUGCAGGAGGAUCUGGAGCUGGAGAGGCAGGCGCGCUCAAAGGCUGACAAACAACGCAGGGACCUGGCAGAGGAGCUUGAGGCCCUCAAGACCGAGCUGGAGGACACCCUGGACUCUACCGCUGCACAGCAAGAGCUGAGGUCCAAGCGUGAGACAGAGGUCUCCCAUCUGAAGAAGAAUCUGGAUGACGAGGCCAAGCUCCACGAGCAGCAGAUGGCUGACAUGAGACAAAAACACAACCAGGCGUUCGACGAGAUCAAUGAGCAGCUGGAAACGGCCAAGAGGAACAAGGUGUCGGUGGAGAAAUCCAAGCAGGCCCUGGAAAGCGAGUGGAACGAGCUGCAGAUCGAGAUGCAGACUCUGACACAAGGCAAAGCAGACUCCGAACACCGUCGCAAGAAAGCCGAAGCCCAGGUUCAAGAGCUGCAGAUCAAAUUCGCAGAAAGUGAACGACAUAAGCAGGAGGUGUCCGACAAGAUAGUCAAGAUGCAGUCGGAGCUCGACAACGUGAACAGCUGCCUGACUGAAGCAGAGGGCAAGAACAUCAAAUCCAGCAAAGACCUUUCUUUUACAGAUUCUCAGCUGCAGGAUACACAGGAGUUGCUCCAAGAGGAGACUCGUCAGAAGCUGUCCCUCUCCACCCGCCUGAGGCAGAUGGAGGAUGAGCAGAACAACCUGCGUGAGAUGCUGGAGGAAGAGGAGGAGAGCAAGAAGAACGUGGAGAAGCAGGUCUCCACUCUGCAGACCCAGCUGGCAGACUUGAAGAAGAAGCUGGACCAGGAGGUCUUGUCCCUGGAGGGGGCCGAGGAGGGCCGCAAGAAAUUCCAGAGGGAGAUGGAAAGCGUGACGCAGCAGCUGGAGGAGAAGACCGCGGCCUACGACAAACUGGACAAGACCAAAACCCGUUUACAGCAGGAGCUGGAUGACCUCAUCGUGGACCAGGACCACCUUAGGCAGAUCGUCUCCAGCCUGGAGAAGAAGCAGAAGAAGUUUGACCAGAUGCUGGCCGAAGAGAAAACCAUUUCUACUCAGUAUGCAGAGGAGCGCGACAAGGCCGAGGCUGAGGCCAGGGAGAAGGAUACACGAGCGCUGACACUGGCCCGCGAGCUGGAGACCUUAUCAGACCUUAAAGACGAGCUGGACCGAACCAAUAAGCUGCUCAAAGCUGAGAUGGAAGACUUGGUCUCCUCCAAGGACGAUGUCGGCAAGAGUGUUCACGAGCUGGAGAGGUCAAAGCGUGCUAUGGAUCAGCAGCUGGAGGAGAUGAGAGUUCAACUGGAGGAGCUGGAGGACGAGCUGCAGGCCACAGAGGACGCCAAACUGCGUCUGGAGGUCAACAUGCAGGCCAUGAAGGCCCAGUUUGACCGGGACCUGCAGGCCAGAGAUGAGCAGGGAGAGGAGAGGAGGAAACAGCUGGUCAAACAGGUGCGCGAGAUGGAGGUCGAGCUGGAAGAUGAGCGCAGGCAGCGUUCUCAGGCCCUCUCGUCCAAGAAGAAACUGGAGAUGGACCUGGGAGAGCUCGAACUCCAGAUCGAUGCUGCCAACAAGGGCCGCGAUGAGGCCCUCAAACAGCUGAAAAAACUCCAGGCCAUGAUGAAAGAGCAGAUGAGAGAGCUGGACGAGCUGCGUUUGUCAAGAGACGAAGUCGUCAACGGGGCCAAGGAGACCGAGAGGAAGCUCAAGUCCAUGGAGGCCGACGCCCUGCACUUCCAGGAGGAACUGGCCACUUCAGAGCGACUCAAGAGACAGGUUCAGAGCGAGAGAGACGAGCUCCAGGAGGAGAUCAACAGCAGCAACUCCAAGAAUUCUUUGCUGGCAGAUGAGAAGAGGAGGCUGGAUGCUCGUAUCACCCAGCUGGAGGAGGAACUGGAGGAAGAGCAGCUCAACACCGAGAUGGUCAACGAUCGUCUGAAGAGAUCCACGCUGCAGACCGAGCAGCUGACCACAGAGCUGAGUGCAGAGCGCAGCGGCUCCCAGCGGCUGGAGGGCGCUCGCUCCCAGUUGGACCGCCAGAACAAGGAGCUGAAACUGAAGAUGCAGGAGCUCGAGGGCACCAUCAAGUCCAAGUAUAAAUCCUCCAUCACCAGCCUGGAGGCCAAGAUCGCUAUGCUGGAAGAACAGCUCGACGUAGAGACAAAGGAGCGCCAACAGGCCUCCAGGCUGGCCAGACGGACAGAGAAGAAGCUGAAAGAGGUGAUGCUACAGGUUGAUGACGAGAGGCGCAACACGGAUCAAUACAAAGACCAGGUGGAGAAGACGAACAGCCGAAUGCGUCAACUGAAGCGUCAGCUAGAGGAGGCCGAGGAGGAGACGACGCGGUCCAACGCCUUCCGCAGGAAGCUACAGAGGGAGCUGGAUGACGCCACUGAAUCAGCAGACAGUAUGAACCGUGAAGUCAGCACGCUGAAGAGCAAGCUCAGACGUGUUGACGUGCCUUUCAAUAUACGGCGUACCAUGAAUCGCUCUGGGCUGGACAGCGAUGAGGAUGCGGACAUGAAGCUUGAAGCGCCGGAGCCGGCUGCUGAGUGAACGGAGGAGAGCCAAGAGGGUCAAUAAUAAUAAUAAUAAUAAAAAUAAUAAUAAGAAGAAGAAACCACGGUCAACAUGCAGAUAUAGUAAAAACAUUAGCCAUGCAAGCUAUUGAGUAAGACUUCUCUGAGAGGAUUUAGCCUUGUAUUCAUCUUAUAGCCUUAUCGUUACUUUCCAUAUUAAUACAUUUAUAUUUGGCCAAAUAAUCGAUUUCAUCUCAGUGAAUGUGAGUGGUGUUUUUCUGAGGCAUAACACGCACUUUUCUGUCUAUUUUUCUACUCAACGGGUAUAUUAUAUCAUAUAAAAUAUUGCGCUUGUAACAAGCCACUGCAAUUUGUGCUGGAGGUUUAUGUGCAUCAUUUUUGGGAAAACACUGCUUGUUUUGCACACACGCACUCGGGUCUUUUGGGAGUUUUGAUGCCGUUACAAUCUUGUGGUUCACAUUAUAGCUAGUGUCGGUAUAAAUCUGUACUGUAUGCUUUUCCUCUCACUGUGUCAUCCUUUCAUGUUAUUACCUCAACCACUUUUGCACAAUGCCAACACCGACAAAACGAGCACGAGAAAUGAAAUCGUUCAGUUCAUCAGAGGUAUCAAGAGGUUGAAACGCAGCAAUGCUGGUGAAAAUGUUGUACCAUCAUCUAUGAUAGCUUGGUUGAUGUGUAAUUUAUCAUUGGUUUUACACUUCAUUGAUAGUUGGUGGUGGGUCAUCAUGUAGUAGCUCUCACUGUACCAUGUUUUGCGCUAUGCUUUGCACAGCAGAGGGGGUUUCUAUUGGCACAUGAAUGUUUUCAUGCAUAUUUUAGAUUGAGUAUGAUACCCCUAAAACACUGUAACAUCACACAAAUUACAUGUCAUAUUGAUGCCAAUAUUUUAAGGCUAAUCUAUAUUUUAUCAAAUGCCUUAAAUGCAAUAAAUUGACAAACUAUCAAAUGCA